AUGUCAGAAAACGACGAAAUAUAUGCUGUACCUCGCCGCUCCAAGAUCCUAGUCACGGGCGCCAAUGGAUUCAUUGGCUCUCAUGUUGUAAAUUGUCUUUUAGAAUUGGGGUUUGCGGUGCGCGGGACGGUUCGACAGCCAAAACCAUGGCUGAACGAUUUCUUCCAGAAGAAGUUUGGACCGGAAACUUUUGAGACCGUGAUUGUCCCUAAUUUCGACGACGUUAACCUUCUAAUUCGGAGUUUGGAGGGCAUAUCGGGUGUUGUGCAUGUGGCUUCCGAUAUGACCUUUUCAACCGAUCCGAACCUCGUGAUUCCAUGGGUUGUAAGAGCGACACAAAAUAUUCUUGAAGCUGCUUCACAACAACCUGUGAAGCGAGUGGUUUUGACUUCGUCAUCGACAGCUGCUCUUGUCCCAGAGGCUAACUUGGAGAUCCGGGUAGAUGAGAUAGACACUUGGAAUGAAGCUUCAUUGAGAGCCGCUUGGCAGCAGGACACUACCGAUGAUCGCUUAGGCUUGCAUGUUUAUGCCGCAUCGAAGACUGAGGGAGAACGACAAGCUUGGAAAUGGAUACAGACGAAUAAACCUUCCUUCGUGUUCAAUUCUGUUCUUCCGAACUUCAAUAUAGGAAAAAUCCUUCAUCCCAACAUUAAAGGGUCUUCAUCAGACUGGGUCCGCAAUCUUUUGGCAGGAGACCCAAUGCUUUUUUCCAUUAUCGGCCCACAAUGGUUCGUUGACGUUGUUGACAACGCUCGACUCCAUGUCAUUGCCCUACUCGACCCCAAUGUAAAGUCUCAACGUCUUUUUGCCUUUGCCGCUCCGUUUCAAAUGAAAGACAUUGCUUCCACUCUGAAAAAGCUGCGCCCCCACGCCGCUAUACCUAGCCCCCCAGUUGGUGAGGGUUUGGAUUUGAGUGAUAUAGUGCCUUCUAAGACUGCACAGGAGUUGCUACAGGUAUUCUACGGACAGCGAGGCUGGACCUCACUAGAAGAAAGUUUAGCUGCUUUAAUCGAGGACUUGUGA